AUGCUCUCUACCCACGGCGCACACCUGCUCAUGCGGCACACCACACCCUCGCUCCUCGCCCGCCUCGACGGCGACGACGACGACGUGUUCGCCUCCGGUGUCGGCCUCACCAAACGCGUACGGCACCUCGAAGAACUCGGUUCAUGUCACUCACCUCGCCCGGCACCGAGGCUCUGGCGUCGCUCGCGCUUCGCGAUCCUCACCGCUACAUGGGCAGGCGAGAGACAGCGUGCAGUGGCUUCGCGCCGCACCGCACGUAAGGCUGAGGAUGAGGCGCGUAUGCACCUCAGACCACCCCUCAUGGUCCUCACCGAUGGCUCUCACGAGACGCACUUGAAGCUCGCCGGUGCAGCUGUGUCUUCGACGACACACACACAUCAUUCGACCGUCUUCGAGGCCAGUCAUAUGUACAGGCUCAGUAAGGGCGCGGUUGAUCGCUUCCCGCUGUCCAAUCCAGCGGCGAAAGUAGGGCAUGGUCCUGCGCCAGGCGGCACGCACACUCCUGAUGGUUGCCUCUCCGCGAAGCCUGUCGGAAUGAUUCGGCUCCGGGAAAUUCGCGGCGCGUACGACCCGAUGAUUGCCGCUCCGCGAUCCUCACGGAAUGUUUCUGGGCUCCGGGACAUUCUACGGGCGACGGAGGUCCUUACGACCUCCGGUUAA